CAAACAUAUUCCGAAUUUUCGGACAGCCAGAUGCAGUCGUUUACCGAAGGAUGCAACCGAAGAUCUUCCCCCCACAUGUUUAACUGGUCCCUACUGUUUUUAUUGUUAAUUCUGCACUACCCGGAGGUAGCACAACUGAAAAGUGGGAGCUCAGUAUACAAAGGACAGACGACGUGUUGUAUUCGAGGAAGGGGUAUUUGCGAGGUGCUCAGUAUUUCUCUCAAAGAGGUUGGGCGAGUGUGCUUCUCAGUGAUUCACAAUCUGUCUUAUCUGGGAACAAACGGAUUUCUAAUAGAGCAAAAUGUUUCUGUGCCCCGAGGCAUCUACUCUAUUGUUGCUUUGAAGGUAGACCUGUCGUUGGGGAGCGGUACACACCUCACAGCCAGAGUGGUGUAUGCCGCCAUCAACGUUCGGAUGAACUGUCUACGCGCGACCCAACCGUGUCUACCUCAGCGUUAUCUACUCAUGGAAAGCGAAUGUUCAACCGAUAUGGACAAGCUAGUUAAAUUAGACUUAUUUCUCAUUCCUCAGUCAAGACGGUUCCCAGACACAUACCUCUAUGAGCUGGUCGAUGAGGGAUAUGCAUACUCAAACUUUUACGACCGCUCUACCUUUUCCGCUUCACCCAUACGCUGUAACCGAUAUUGGUUGCAUGAAUGCAAUCACCAUGCAAAAUUUAAUCAUCUCUUGAUGGAUAGCCAUGAGAAUCUUGAUCGAGUAUACAUUGCAGAUGAUGAUGAACUGCCGUAUAAACUAAACAGUAAGGUAUUGGAUCAGUUCCCGAAUGUGAUUGUGACCAAACGUAUGAUCGAUAGGGAGAUGGACACUUGUUUUAUUACUUUGGAGUUGAGGAACAGAGCCAUCUCCAAGGAAGAAAGCCUGAAGUCGUCAUUGGCCAAUUGUUCACGGCACCAUCCGGAGUGGCAUGUGCUUAGAUCAGCCCGCCAUAAUUACCCCUUGCGACUGGAGAUCAUCAAGAUGGCCACCGAAUGGUUCCUCUACGCAAAACGCGAGUACAUUCACUACCAAAUAAUGCAAAAGUAUUUCGAUGAUAUGCAGCUUGUGCAUCCAGGCACUCCAGAUAUCUCAUUUUUGAACAGACGUGACGAAAACCGUAUACAUAUGGGGCGCAUUGUGACUCGUCUACAGGUGUUCGCUGAUAUCAUCGAAGUGAUUCACGCACCUUGGAAACCACCGAUUAAUUAUUAUCGAGAAAACUUACCUGUAUGACCCGAGCUGCAAGGUCAAACUCACUCAUCUCGGUGAUAAAGCACUUCACCUGGAACCAUAACCCGCAGUACGAAUACAACGAACCGAGGGGCACGUACUUUCAAGAACAUUUGGGGAAGUACCCCAACAUGAACAAAUCCGAAUGAUAGCUAACCAUGUUCCCCAUGCACAUUCAUCGUUUCUUACCUAUUAAAAUGAUACUCUCUUGUAAAGCUAUGGGACGUUUGACACGACUGCCCGGGAGGUCCGGUCACGAGAUGAGCGACGCUUGCGUCCACGCCGGUUGCAUUUCAUUUGGCUACGUGUGCCUAGUGGCCAUCUCGUUGGACUCACUGCGAUGCCACGAUUUAGCAAUGAAACUGUCACCGAGAUGAGGCGACAGUGCGAAUCCCUGCGCGGUGCGGCUAAUGGAGAGAGCGUGGUAUGCUAUAAUCCAAGUCACGGCCAUAAAUGCGGUGGUGUAGCAUAAGUACAUAAGCAGGAAAUAUUAGAGAUUAGCCCUGGGAUUCACAAGUACACUUUAAGAUGCUCAUCGUAACUGACCCAGUCAGACAGUGACCAAACUGACACAAAUAUGAAAAACCGCUUCAUCCCACAGAAUUUGGCUAACAAACAGCGGUAUAUACCCCGAAUACAUGCCGUUUGUCAUGACUCAGUAUGUGCUUGUCCUCUGCCCAUCACACUGUGGGGGCAAUGGGGGACCGAAUGACCUAACGUGGCUUAUGGUUCAGGGGAGCACGUCGUCGCCGUCACAAAAGUAUAGUCGACCAUUUUAAUCCCAUGUUAUUCAAGAGAUCGGGUGUUUCUUGUGAGUUCGAAAAUGACAAACCAGUCGUCCGUCACUAUUCGUGACAUGCAGUAGCUAUCCGACUUGAGCCAAGUUUGAAGAAUUUCUUAAAAGCACUAUGCAAACCCACAAGCAAAGCAUACAGUACUCCUACUGGUGCCUGGUUAAGGGUCCAAUAUGACGCAACUUUCAUCGGAAUUCCGGGAGUUAAUUUUGUGUCACUUCUUGGUGCUGUCUCAGUUUUACAAUUCAGAUCAGAACGAGACUAGGGUAGAAGAACAAGAAUUAUAAAGGGCCCUAGUUGAUGGUUUUACUGGUUUCUGACUACCGACAAAGUUACAUUUACCGACGCGGUGCUAAAAAGAGUUUCCCAAUAACCCUACUGCUGCAUUAAGGUAUUAUAGUAUUUGGUGUUGGUACCAGGUUUCAUGCUGUGUCGAUGCCGAUUGCGCACAUCCUCACGAUUACAGGAAGAACACGAAAACUAGCCAAAAGCGAAUUGUAUGCAUGAGAAUACAGUCUCCUUUUAUAGGGUACAAAGCUGGAUGAAGCAAAGCUACUAAAACAGCUUGGAGUCAACCAACAUCAUAGGAAACAAAGAAUAAUACGGGUGAAUGAGAAGUGGCAAAAUAACGAACCAAUCAGACGAGUUCGAGGAAACAAAAUUAGCAAAACAGGCACCUGAGCCGGCAUCUAUUUCGAACGCCAUUAGCUAGCCAAUCAAAGCAAACAAUUGCUGCUUUUAAACAACUACCAAGAAACAAACGGUAGCAAAACGCAAACAAGCAACCACGCAUUGUAAUAAAAGUAUAUGUUUAUUGAGUACCUCCCUAACAGAGCUGCUUCAAUGAACACUGAACAA